UGAUUCACGCCGCCUUUGCAAAGAACUAGAGGUCGGUGGUUGGAUCAUCAUCGCGCAUGAGCAUCCCGCCAAGAUCCCCAUCAAUUUGGCGCCUGAAGAUCCGCCCAACGUCACGGCGCAGGUUGGCCGACGGCCACGGCUCUUCCCCCAGCACGCGCGAGAGCUACACCGACGGCCUAGAUCACUACUACUGCACAUCACUGCAGCGGUGUCCGUGUAUCUCCGCUGUACAACACAGUAAUCCUCCGCAGAAAUUCGUCUUGAAACCUAGAGAGCAAUUGAGGGUUUGGACCGUGAAGCUGCUGCACCGUUGCCAAGGCCCGGACUACUGCAGUGUUGGACCGCCUUUCGAACGCUCCGGGGGUCGCUAUGGCCAACGCGCAGCAUGAUGGUGAAUCGCCGGCCACUAUCAACACCGCAUCAGUACCAAUCUCUGGUCAGCAAUCCGCCAUAUCCGCAGCUACAACUGCUACCUAUGACUUUGCCAAUACAACGACCACGACGCCCUCUACUACGAGGCGAACAUCAAUUGCCUCCGUCGGGAUGAGUAAUGAGAACAGCUCCAGCUCACAGCCUCAGCCGCCAUCCGAUGGUGCUGCUGCUUCGUCGACAACGGCUUCGGCCAGCAUGCUGUCCAGCCAGGUGAGCGAGGGCACCGCACGUCGACCACGGAUCAAGGACUAUGGCAGUACUUCAUCAUCAGUACGACCCACUGGUGCACCACCAGUAACCCCGAAGGCACCACCAGUAACCCCGAAGGCACCACAACGACCAGGCACUAUCAAACGACAGAGUUCGUCGGCUGCACCCCACCGUGGCGCCAAAUUCUCCGUGGAUGACGAUGCGGAUGAGGUGGAUGAGGACCUCCGUUCCGCUCGGCGAGAGUCCCGAUCAGAGACUGGUCGCGAACGCGAGAGACCCAUACGCCGACGAGAAAGCACACUUCGAAGGCGGCCGACCGUCCCUCAAUUGCCAGUGGUUCCUGCAGUGGAGGGUGAGGACGCUGAGGAUAUGGGAGCAUCCGUAACGGGAACAGAUUUCACGACCACCCGAGCAUCAGCCGAACCAGACGUGUUGGAACGUCCGGGAGAGAGUAUGUCGAAGAAGAACUUGGACGAGGACGAGGAGGAAGCUGAAGAGGAAGUGGAGACGCCUUCACCUGACGAGGAUGAUGCCGAGAUCAGCGACACGGAGAGCUUCACUUUGAAGGAUAGACAAGAGGCGAUCAACGAGACACAUCCUUUCGGUAUCAGGAUAUGGAAGCCGGCGCUUUACAAGAAGAAUCGAUCGGUCACUCGAACGGCUGAGGGAGAUAUUCACAGCGCGCCUGGUGGCAACGUCAGUCGCUGGCUUUGGCUCUUCAACGGACUGUGGACCAUAAUCUUUGGAUGGUGGCUCUCUUUGGUCGCCGCCAUCGCUGGACUUGCAUGCUUAAUCCUGGGCGUCUUCCGAAUGAGUAACGACUCUGGCUCUUGGGAAUACGGUCGGGUACUACUCAACCUUUCACAUUACCUGUUAUAUCCGUUCGGCAAGUAUGUUCGCCUCGAGCGAGAGGAAGCUUACAUGGACGAAGACGAAGGGCUGGGUCGAGAUCUCAGCGAGUAUGAGAGAUGGCAGGCCGGCGACCUUGAAGAAGGCCGAUUGUUCUUUGGUCCCACUGAUGUCCAUCGCUCCCUCGUUGGACGCCGGAGGGACGAAGAGCCCGAUCUGGAGGAUAACGAAACGACCAGCUUGCUGGGUCGACAACAGCGAUCGGGAUCAGUCACGCCACAAACCAAAGCUCGAGCGAAAAAGCGAUUAUUCGGCCGUGGCAAGUGGGGAUUGGGACGAGUGGUAUUCUUCCUCUUGUUCUACAUCUUCAUUGCGCCCUGCCUUUUCCUGGUCAGCGGACUCUGCUGGUUCAUGGUGUUCACAAUACCUAUGGGCAAAGUCACUCUGCUGCUGGUCUAUCAUCUGCAGCGCCACCCACUGGCCUUGAGCUUUCACACUGACAGCCACUAUUCGAGAGAAAGUGCUCAACCUCGUGGCAGCAGCGAUAGUGUCAUUCUGCUUUGUACAUACCGUGCAGUUGGGUUGAAGUACUGGAAGUACACGAUCGACGGCACCAAUAUUUUCCUCAUCAACCUGUUGGGACUGGUCGUCUUCACCAUCUUUGACUACUUCGUCCUGAGCAGUGCACUCCAUGUCGAUGCAUGGGUCACCUCCGACGGAUUCGUUUUCGUUCUGGCAUUGGCAUCCAUCAUUCCGCUCGCUUAUUUCAUCGGACAAGCUGUCGCAUCCAUUUCAGCGCAGUCAUCUAUGGGAGUCGGUGCCACUAUCAAUGCCUUUUUCAGCACCAUCGUGGAAGUAUUCCUCUACUGCGUGGCACUCCAUCAAGGGAAAGCGCAAUUGGUUGAAGGAAGCAUCAUUGGGUCCAUCUUUGCUGGUAUUCUCUUCCUCCCGGGCCUUUCUAUGUGCUUUGGUGCACUCAAGAGAAAGACACAGCGAUUCAACGUCAAGUCUGCCAGUGUCACCUCGACCUUGCUGCUGUUUGCCACCAUCGCCCUGUUCGGUCCCACCUUGUUCUAUCAAAUCUACGGCUCUCAUGUGCUCAAUUGUCGACAAUGCACCACGUUUCAUCCCCAUCCCACCGAAACCGAACGCGAUUGCCGACGCUGUUACUUCACCCAGACGCCUGAGAUCAACGACAAAUUCUUCAAAGAAGCGCUUCAGCCUUACAUCUGGUUCGCCGCGCUCUGUCUCUUCCUCUCUUACGUCGUGGGCUUGUUGUUCACACUUCGCACUCACGCUGCUGUCAUCUGGAACAAUGAGCCCGAUGAGAAGAAGGAGCCUCGCGACCUCUCGGUCCCACAGCAUCACAACCUUUCCUUGUCCGCCGUGACCACCAUGGAUCCUACAUUCCCUGCCCGUCACGAAACGAUCGGUACUAUCCGCCCGCAGGACAUUCGAGACAGUCAAAUGUACAAACGCGUACUCAAUCAAUCUCUGAAACAGGCUGGAAUCCUUACUUCGCCUGUCAAAGCGGAGUCCGCCCCUGAUGGCCCCAAUAAGACCGAUGGACAACAGCAGCCGCCCCAUCUAGUCCCGCCAAAGAGCUCUUCUGGUGAUGAUGUUCUCGCCGCCAGUGGCGCCCGCGUACAAGGCCUCAGCCUGCAAGACAACCAAGCGCUCGUCCAACAAGUCGCCGAGAUUGCCGCCACCGCCGCCACCGCCGCCGCUCGCGACGUCACUCGCAUGUCCCGCCGCGCCAGUCUCCUCAGCAAUAAAGCCCACCAUCACGCCCGCUCCAACAGCAAAGACGCCAAAGCCACGACCCACGACGGCCACUCCGCCGAACACCCCACCCUCGCCGCCACCGGCCCCGCCGCGCACAUUCCCGAAGAAGCCGCCGCGGGCGGCCACGACGCGCCCAACUGGUCGCGCACGAAAUCGACCAUCAUCCUCCUCACCGCCACCGUCGCCUACGCCGUCAUCGCGGAGAUCCUGGUCGACACCGUCGACUCCGUGCUUGGUAGCAUCGACAUCGACGAGAAAUUCCUCGGCAUCACACUCUUCGCUCUGGUGCCCAACACGACGGAGUUCCUCAACGCCAUCAGUUUCGCGAUGAACGGCAACGUCGCCCUGUCGAUGGAGAUCGGGAGCUCGUACGCCCUGCAGGUCAUCUUGCUCCAGACGCCGUGUCUGGUGUUAUUCUCGGCGUUCUAUGGGCCCGGAUUCUGGCCGCCGAGGGAUCUCAUCGAUCAUGUCUUUCUGAUGAUUUUCCCGCAGUGGGACAUGAUCACGGUGAUCCUGGCGGUCUUCCUGAUGGGGUGGAUCGUCAACGAGGGCAAGAGCAAUUAUUUCAAGGGCAGUAUCUUGAUCUUUACGUAUCUGGUUGUGGUGGUCGGCUUUUGGUUCAGUGGGUAUGGGGAUGCUGAGAUGAUGGGCGUCGAUCGCUUUGAUACUCUCGCCCUUGGCCCGGAGAUCCAGUCCUUCCGCACGAUCGGUCAAUCUACUCGUGGUCGCGCUUGGUGAGUGCGACAGAAAGCGAUCCUGCAGAGGGAAUUGGUGAGGUGAGGAUUAGAGACGAUUUGAAUUUCGUCGCGCGUGGGAGGAAUGUGAAGUGGCAUUGUUACAUUGGGCAUUUUCGGCAUGGAUAUUGG